CAUUUCUUCAAUGCAGAUGGCAGCUAAUGCUGCAACUGGAAAAGAGAGGUUAGAAGGAUCUGGGUCUCACAAGCCUUUUACAGGUGCAGUGUCUGUGAUAACUUCUCCAUCCAUUGAUGCAAUCUCCAGUUUUUCCUCUGAGAGUCUUGGUGAUGAUGCUGAAGUCAUAGCUGAUACCAAGUCAGCUCAAACUGCUGGAGACUUUCAGAUAUCAAUUGGGAAUCCCGAGAAGCAUGUCAAUGUGAUGGAAACAUUUGUGUCCUUCCAGAUCACCACAAAAGUGCUUGAUCCACAAGCACGACCAGACCUAAUUGAGUCAGAAUAUAAAGUUAGACGAAGAUAUAAUGAUUUCCUGUGGCUUCGCAGUCGACUGGUUUCGGAGAACCCCACACAUAUUAUACCUCCUCUUCCAGAGAAGCAUAAUCUGAAGGAACAGCUAGACAGAUACAGUAGGGAGUUCAUCCAUCAGAGGAUUUUCCUUCUGCAGAAAUUUAUCCUUCGCCUUGCAGAUCAUCCCACAUUGUCAUUCAAUAAAUACUUCAUUGUUUUCCUCACUGCCAAACCUGCUACCUUCAUCCAGUGCCGAAGACAUGAAGAAUCCAUUCUAAGCCGUCUUUCAUCAUCCAUGCACAAUCUUGUGCUUUCCCAUUCACCAAGGUCUCCUGAAUUCCAGGCAGUCUCUGAUUAUAUCUCCAAUUUGGGGGAGAAACUGCAUGCAAUUGAAAAGAUUGCUCAUCGCAUCCAUCUUGUCCGGAAACAGUAUGUGAAGGAAGAAAAGGAAUUGCCAUUAGCACUGAAUGCAUGGGCUAGUGCUGAACAAGAACUUAGUCAUAUGCUUCAUUGUGUAUUGGAUGCAAUUGAGAAGUGUAACGCAGCUCAUAAACAUCUCCUUACAUCCUUUGUUCCUCAAUUUCUCCUUCCCCUGCAUGAGUACACACUCUAUGUGGAUGCCGUGAAAGAGGCCCUCAUCAGACGGGACCACCUGCAAGUGGAGCAUGAGAGAAUGGUUCAAGACUUGGAGAAGAAGAGGUUGGCAAAGGCUCAUGUCGAAGCUGGCCAAGGAGAUUCUGCCAUGCUAUUCUCUGCUUUCUUCAACCGAGGGACUUCAGACACUGAUGCCUUAAGAGAUGAGAGACUAGAAAAGCUGGACAAUUCCAUUCAGGAUCUUCAGAAAUCCAUUGGGGAGAAAGGUGAUCGCACUGCAAUUGGGGAUGCAGAUUUUUGUGCAGACCUGGAAAGGUGGCACUCUGUGAAAGAUCAGGAUUUGAAAACCAUCCUCAGUGAUCAUGCAAAUCGUCAUGUUCUCAUGUAUGAAGAGGUUGGUUGA